AUGGCCACCAGUUCUUGGAAUUCCAUUUGCCACAAAAAACCACUCCGGCGGCGGCACUCCAUUGAUUGCCACCCUUCAACCGCCACCUCAUAUUCUUUCUUUCUCAAACCAACCACCACUUCCACCGCCACUACCCCUUCUCUCUCCCACACAACCACUUUCGCCAUCUCAUCAACUACCCCCACCGCUACUCCGUCCGCCAAUCAAACAGUCUCCUUCGACGUCCUCCAACAGCAUUUAUCCUCCAGAAACUUCCGCGAAGCCGACGAAGAAACUCGCCGCCUCCUCAUAGUCCUCGCUGGAGAAGCAGCCCAGAAACGCGGCUACGUUUUCUUCUCCGAAGUCCAGUUCAUUCAAGAAUCUGACCUCAAAACCAUUGACGAAUUAUGGAAGCAGUACAGCGACAACAAAUUUGGAUACAGUGUACAGAAGAAGAUUUGGGAGAAAAUGAACAGGGAUUUCACCAAAUUCUUCAUCAAAGUUGGUUGGAUGAAAAAGCUUGAAUCUUCAGAAGUUGAGCAAUACAAUUACAGGUCUUUCCCUACUGAAUUCAUCUGGGGAAUGGAUGAGAACACGCCUGAGGGUCACUUGCCAUUGACAAAUGCACUCAGAGGAACUCAACUACUCAGCAGCAUUCUAACUCACCCAGUUUUCAUUGGAAAUGAAGAGGAAGAGGGAGCGGGAGAUGAAAAGGAAAAAGGAGUUUCAGAAGGAAAAGGGAAGGAAAAUGAAGGGUUGAAGGGACUAAGGAACAGAGUUUUCAAAUCGGACUACAGCUUUUGA